UGAGUGAGGACCUAGCGAGAAGUCCCUCGGCAACUUCGUGCUAACUGCAAUACAGAGCACAGACGACUCAGAUAGAAGACGUAUCCUCUUAAACCAAAAAAAAAGGACAAAGGAUUCAUAAAUUUUGAUCCGAUCGUAUAAAAAUUGUAUAGGUGAAGAUGAGUAAGCACUACGACAAUUGGGAGAGGCUGGUGGUGGCAGUGCUGCGCCGACAGCACGACCGGGAGAUAGCCCUGUGUCGUUCAACGAAUUCCAGCGCAUUCAGCUCUCGAUCUUCCAGUUUUAGCCGUGAAUUUUACGAUCAGCUACACGGUGCCAUCAUCAAGUACUCCAACAACCAAAGUUUUCCAUUUUCCUCGCCAACUGCGGUGAGCAAUAGCCUUGCCAGCGAUCAAGAUGGGGGAGAGACAGAGACAACAACAGAAAGGAAAAAAAAGUUUCCUCAGCUCAAACGGCGCCAAACGACACCAGCAAGUUGGCAACGACCUUCUUCAGCGAGCAAGUCUCGCUUCUUGAAUCCGUCACGAUCCAAGAACACGUAUAUAAAUUAUGCUCCUCCAUCUCGUCCAUCAUGGUGCAAGCAGAGCUACUUGGAAGAUGAAAGGAAUGGGAAGAAAAGUUAUAUGGUGGGAGCAAAAGAUCUGACCAUUGCUUUUGGAAACGACUCGAGGAAUUGGGAAUGGAGAUUUGAAGAUGAUUCUAGGGAGGUGGCGGAGCUGUGUUCAUCGUGGACGCUUGACGUUGGAGCAAAGAUGGGAGCAGGAGUGCUGAAGGCGCGGAGUGUGUACGCAGCGUAUCUGGUGUACAAACUGGGGGAGACAGCGGAGGGGUUGGAGACGGCCAAGGGGUUAAUCAGGUUCGUGGAAGAUAAUUCGGAUAUGGAGGGUGUGGGAGAACGAGUGGUGCAUCUGCAUCCUGGCGGGGGGGAGAGAGGGGAGGGGUGGAUGGAGGUGGAGAUUGGAUUCUUCUACGUUGGAAGAGAAGACGGAGCAGUGGAGGCGCGGUUGCUGGAGACCAAGAGAUGGAAAUGUGGGCUUAUUGUUCAAGGCAUUGUGUUCCGACCUUGUUCUACCAAUCCACGAACACCUCUUCUUUCUAGUAAAUUCAAGUCCACUCCAGUGUUAGCGUAGACUACACCCACACGUGCCACACCUCUUGUUUUGUGGUGGCCUCAAAGUUUAAAUCAUCUUAUAAAUUGGUGAGAAUUUAUACGGAGUAUAUUUUUAAUUUUAUGGUUGGAAGUUGGAACAAACUUUAAUUUUAUUUGA